AUGGCGAGACUCCAGAUUUCCGAGGAUAUGACACUUGAUAAGAAGAUGUGGAGGUCGAGUUUUCUGGUUCUAUUCAUUGUACAUAUUCAGCUCGUUCUCAGCAAUAUCUGUGGACUGCUUCCGACUUUUAUAAGAGAUCCAUCUAGUUAUCCCGAAAAUCGGUUGAAGGAGUUAUACCUAGAAAAUACAAAAUUCAGUGACUUCUUUCCUGAAGGACUAACAGUGCACAAGAAUCUUGAAAUUAUUGACAUUUCUAAUAGCUUAUUAUAUGGUGGAAUUCCAUUUUCACUGGACAGGCUGACCAAUUUGAAGUUCUUAAGGAUAGCAAACAACAAGUUGAAUGGGAGCAUCUCUUCAAGUAUUGGACAGUUAUCAAAUCUUGAAGAACUAGAUGUCUCUAACAACUUAUUCACUGGUAUAGUUUCAGAACUCCACUUUGCCAAACUAAGUAAAUUGAAGAAACUGCACCUGUCUAAAAACUUGGUUUUGAGUUUACAAAGACUAGACUUAGGAGAAAAUAAAUUGAAGGAUGCUUUUCCUGCAUGGAUUGGGGAGAAGCUGCAGAAGUUGGAACUCCUGAGGCUAAAUUCGAAUCAAUUCUAUGGUGCUAUCCCCUUAGAAUUAUGCCAACUCUCUUCUCUAUGUUGGUUAAAUCUUGCUGGAAAUAAAUUGGAUGGAAAUAUUCCUCUUUGUUUUGGCAAUUUGUCUUGCAUGAUUCCUGGUUCUUUAGUUUGGCCUGGUUAUGUUUUUGGACAGAGAGUUGAAAGCUUUAUGAAAGGAAGACCUCUUGAGUAUGUUGGUGAACAGAUUUUAUUACUUAGAAUUUUGGAUCUCUCCAAAAAUAACCUUGUAGGAGGGAUCCCUGAGGAGUUAACAAAAUUGAUAUCCUUGCAAAGCUUGAAUUUGUCAAGAAAUAAUCUCAACGGGAGCAUACCAAAGAAGCUAGGUAAUUUAAAGCAACUGAAAUCACUUGAUUUGUGUCAUAACAAUCUUUCUGGUGCAAUUCUUCAAAGUUUGGCUUCUUUGAAUUUUUUGAGUUACAUAAACUUGUCUUAUAAUAAUUUAUCCGGUCCGAUUCCAACUGGAAAUCAACUCCAAUCUUUGGAUGAUCAAUCUUUUUAUGUUGGUAAUCCUGGCCUUUGUGGAAACUUGAUCAAGGAAAGUUGCAAUGAAAUCAAUGGAUUAUUUGAUCAUGUAAAUGAACAAACACCUCAAGGUGAUGACCAAGAUGGUGAACAUAUAUCUUAUAAGUUAUGGUUUUAUGAUGGAAUUGGACUUGGUUUCUGUGUUGGCUUCCUAGGUGUGCUCUACACUUUGUACGCCACGAGAUCAUGGCGUGUCGCGCAUUUUCCAAUGCUUUGCCGAUUUCUAUUAAGGAAAAUCGUGCAGUACAGAAACAGUGCAACAGUCACUUCCCAUUGGGAAGGGCUUUUUACCAACCAAAUAUUUACAUCAUCUAAGUGA